ACGGUCACAAGAUCAAGGCGCAGCCUUCUUUCUCACCCAAUAACAUACGUUGUGGGCGGGCUUUGAAUGACAGCGAUUUAGAACGAGGAACUAAACAGCUCUAGGCAGCAGAAACGGAGACAUGUGUGGCAUCUUUGCGUAUCUGAAUUAUCACGUGCCUCGCACUCGCCGUGAGAUCCUUGAGGUCCUUAUCAAAGGUCUGCAACGACUGGAGUAUCGUGGCUAUGACUCCGCAGGUGUGGGCAUUGAUGGGGGAAACAGUAAGGAAUGGGAGACCAACUCCAAGAGCAUCCAACUGAUCAAACAAACAGGAAAAGUGAAAGCCUUGGAUGAGGAAAUCCAUAGGCAACAGGAAAUUGAUCUUGAGGUGGAGUUUGACGUGCACCUGGGAAUCGCUCACACUCGAUGGGCCACUCAUGGCGUCCCCAGCCCUGUCAACAGCCACCCGCAAAGAUCAGACAAGAACAACGAGUUUAUUGUCAUCCAUAAUGGAAUCAUCACCAACUACAAAGACCUGAAGAAGUUUCUGGAGAGUAAAGGUUACGAGUUUGAGUCUGAGACAGAUACAGAGACCAUCGCUAAGCUGGUGAAGUAUAUGUAUGACAACCGGGAGAGCGACAUCACCUUCGCUACCCUCGUGGAACAAGUCACCCAGCAACUAGAAGGAGCUUUUGCCCUUGUCUUCAAAAGUGUGCACUAUCCAGGAGAGGCAGUGGGCAGCAGGAGAGGAGGUCCAUUACUGAUUGGAGUUAGAAGUGACCACAAGCUUUCGACAGAUCACAUCCCUAUUCUGUAUCGCUCCUCUGGUAAAGAUAAAAAGAGCUGCAGUACUCUGCCCAGGAUGGACCAGGACACGUGUCUAUUUCCCGUGGAUGAGAAAGCUGUGGAAUACUACUUCGCAUCUGAUGCCAGUGCUGUCAUCGAGCACACCAAUCGGGUCAUCUUCCUCGAGGACGAUGAUAUUGCGGCUGUGAGUGACGGCCGCCUCUCCAUUCAUCGGAUCAAGCGCACAGCGGGAGACCAUCCGGCCCGCGCCAUCCAGACCCUUCAGAUGGAACUGCAGCAGAUCAUGAAGGGAAACUUCAGUUCCUUCAUGCAGAAGGAGAUCUUUGAGCAGCCAGAGUCAGUGGUCAACACCAUGAGAGGAAGAGUUAACUUCGAGAACAACACAGUGAUCUUGGGAGGGCUGAAAGACCACAUUAAAGAGAUCCAGAGAUGUCGAAGGCUCAUCAUGAUCGCCUGUGGGACUAGUUACCAUGCUGGAGUUGCAACACGUCAGGUACUGGAAGAACUGACUGAACUUCCUGUCAUGGUGGAGCUGGCCAGUGAUUUCCUGGAUCGAAACACGCCUGUCUUCCGAGAUGAUGUGUGCUUUUUCAUCAGUCAGUCAGGAGAGACGGCAGACAGCCUGCUGGCUCUGCGCUACUGUAAGGAGAGAGGAGCUCUGACAGUCGGCAUCACCAACACUGUGGGCAGCUCCAUCUCCAGAGAAACAGACUGUGGCAUUCACAUCAACGCUGGCCCAGAAAUUGGUGUGGCUAGCACUAAGGCAUACACAAGUCAGUUUGUGGCUCUCAUCAUGUUCGCCCUGUUGAUGUGUGAUGACAGAAUCUCUGUACAGCCACGGAGGCGAGAAAUCAUUCAAGGCCUCAAAGUGCUGCCAGAUCUGAUCAAGGAGGUGUUGAGUCUGGACGAUGAGAUACAGAAGUUGGCAACUGAGCUGUAUCAACAGAAGAGUGUUCUCAUCAUGGGCCGAGGCUACCACUACGCCACCUGCCUGGAGGGAGCUUUGAAAAUUAAGGAGAUCACGUACAUGCAUUCAGAGGGGAUUUUGGCUGGAGAGCUGAAGCAUGGGCCGCUGGCUCUAGUGGACAAACUCAUGCCUGUCAUAAUGAUCAUCAUGAGAGACCACACGUACACCAAGUGCCAAAACGCACUGCAGCAGGUGGUGGCAAGACAGGGCCGUCCAAUCGUAAUCUGCGAUAAGGACGACUAUGAGACCAUCAACAACUCCAGCCGCACCAUCAAAGUGCCUCACUGUGUGGACUGCCUGCAGGGAAUCCUCAGCGUCAUCCCUCUACAGCUGCUCUCCUUCCACCUCGCUGUGCUCCGCGGAUUUGAUGUUGAUUGUCCAAGAAACCUGGCCAAGUCUGUGACUGUUGAGUAAACGCUUCCUGAUCGAUGCCCCAAACACACACACAUAUUCCCAAGUACAGACUAUCAAAACAUGAAGACAAUGAGUUUUAUACAUGCCAGCUUUCAUAUAACGUUCCUAAAGAACCUGAAGUGUACCUCCUAUAUCAUAUCUCAUCUCAGAGCAUGAUUCUGGCUUCAUAUCAUUGCUGUUGACUGGAAUGUGAUUUUUUUUUUUUUUUUUUUUUUUUUUUUUUUGUCUUUUACUGGUGGCGUGUAUGGGGUGGCGAUACUAGACCUAAACCUAUAACAAGUUUGUCUAAGGGCUGUUUAUUGUUUUUUUGCUCUAUUCAUAAUAUUUGUUUAGCCCAGAAAGGCUUCUAGAUACUUAUCAUCAAAUACACAUAUGCAUUUGUGUAGCAAAGAUGGUGUUCCAGUUUGCUUUUAGUAACAAAAGAGGCUCAAAACUCUCCUUUAGCUGCUUUCCAUACGAGAAAAAAAAAAAGCAGGAUUCUAGUGAUAUGUGGCACUGAGGGGAAAAAAAAAAAAAACUGUGAAUCAGUGCUUAGUGGUAGUUUGCACACUAUUUAGUUUAUCCGGUUUGCUGCUAUUUAAGGGGAUGCACUUGUUACUGAUGAGCAUGUUUUUCCCGGGAUGACCUCUAAUCAUCUGGAUUUUCAUAUCCACAGGGAUUUCCAUAGUUAACCUUCUUUACUCAGAGCACACAGUGGCCUUUAGGGGCAUUGAUACAUUAUUGCUUUUGUCUGAAUUUUAAACCAAUUCUGAUGUCCACUAGAGUUUGGUCUAGACAUCCUGUCUUCUCAAUCCAUUGCUUUGAGAUAUUAAUAUAUAACUUUCAUGGUUUUUAAAAUAGUAGGCUAAUACUUUACAAUAAGGUUAAGUACUUUUAUUAACAUUUACUAAUCUUGGUUCAUGUUAAUUUCUAAGUAUACUAAUACAUUUUUAACAAAUAAAGAUAUAUAAAUUAACUUUAAUUAAUGUAUUCUGAACAAACAUGAAUUAACAGUUGAUAAUAGUAUAUUUAUAAAUGACCUAGAUUAAUAAAUGCUGGGAAAAAAAAAAAAA